UGCAACUUGAACAGUCGCCAUUUCAGAACUCAAGUCUUAAAAUGUUGGAGACCGAUACUAACAAUUAGUACUGCAAGUUCUGGCCUGCGUCCGUUCGCUGCCAGGAAGCAACAGGUGUGAUGUAGGCAUCGGUCCAGCUUCUGCGAUGUGCCAUGUACAAGGUUGGUUGAAGACUCAUGGCAAAUGACUGCGGGAGAAUGGACACCCCUGCCUCUUGCUCCUGCCUUAAUGUUGGGGGCAGCUCUCUUUUGAGGACACGAGUACAAGAUUUGAACCUAUUUAAUUAGAAACCUUUCCUAACCUCCUCAAACACACCGCAGCCCAGAGAAAGCAGAUUGGGGAGGGGGCGUGGCCUCUGACAUGAGGGCUGAAGAGGAAGGUGAAGAGGGGGGCGUGGCCUCUGAAGCGUACCACACCUUCAGUGGAGCCAUGGAACCAGAGAACAAGAGGGUCAGCCUGGGAGGGUCACCGGUACCCAGCUGUCAGUCUGUGAAGAGUGACUGCUCCAUGGAUCAUCCAAUCAUGUUUAGUGACAAACAUCACCACCUUGAUCCAAGGGUCAGACUACAGAGAUCAGAGUCACCGGUGCCCAGCUGUCAGUCUGUGAAGAGUGACAAGUCCAUGGAACAUCCCAUUAAGUUUAGUGAGGAACAUCACCCCCUUGAGUCAAGUGAGCUGUCAGAGCUCCAGUCCAUCUCUGCAGUGUGUGAGCAGAUGAGCCAGCAGAGACUCUGCCAGCAGUCCAUGAUUGUAGAUGCUUCACCCCUGUGUUCCAAUGAUCAGGACCUGGAAGCAGAAAAUAAGAAAUGUGCACAAAGAGUCCAAGAGAAACUGAAAUCCAGUCUGAAGAAGAGGUUUGAGUGCAUAUUUGAAGGGGUUAUGACAUCAGGGAAAAACACCUUCCUCAACAGUAUUUACACAGAGCUCUACAUCACAGAGGGGGACAGUGAGGGCGUCAAUAAUGAGCACGAGGUGUGGCAGGUUGAGACAGCAUCCAGGAAACAGACCACACAAGACACUGCAAUCAACUACAAUGACAUCUUUAAACCCUUACCUGGACAAGAGAAACCCGUCAGAAUUGUGCUGACGAAGGGGAUCGCUGGCAUUGGAAAAACAGUCUCUGUGCAGAAGUUCAUUCUCGACUGGGCAGAAGGAAAAGCCAAUCAGGAUGUUCGUUUCAUGUUUGUUCUUUCUUUCCGGGAGCUGAACUUGAUUAAUGAUGAACAAUACAGUCUGUUUGGGCUUCUGCAUGUCUUCCACCCUGAAAUGAAAGGAAUUGAAAACAUUGAGUCUGAUGUUGAAAAAGUUGUGUUCAUCUUUGAUGGUCUGGAUGAAAGCAGACUUUCCUUCAACUUCCAACACAGCAAGGUAUUGUCUGAUGUAACAGAGACAUCCUCAGUGGAUGUGCUGCUGACAAACCUCAUUAAGGGAAAUCUACUUCCUUCUGCUCUCCUCUGGAUCACCUCCCGGCCAGCAGCAACCAAUCAGAUUCCUCCCAGAUAUGUCCACCGGCUGACAGAGAUACAAGGGUUCAGUGACCCACAGAAGGAGGAGUACUUCAGGAAGAGAUUCAGUGAUGAGAACCAGGCCAGCAGAAUUAUCUCUUACAUGAAAUCAUGCAGGAGUCUCUACAUCAUGUGUCACAUACCAGUCUUCUGUUGGAUUUCUGCUACUGUUCUGGAGCGACUGUUGGGUGAAGCUGACUGUGGAGAAAUCCCUAAAACUCUGACUGGAAUGUACACCCACUUCCUGCUCAUUCAGUCCAACAUCAAGAAUCAGAAAUAUCAGGGAAGAAAUGAGACAGAUCCACAAAAGCCUCUGGGGCUGGAUAAAGACAUCAUUCUGAAACUGGGGCAGCUGGCUUUUCAACACCUGGAAGAUGGCACUCUCAUGUUCUAUGAAGAGGACCUGAGAAAGUGUGGUAUUGAUGUCACUGAAGCGUCGGUGUACUCUGGGGUGUGCACAGAGAUCUUUAAAGAGGAGUCUGUGCUGUACCAGAAGAAAGUGUACUGCUUUGUGCAUCUGAGCCUCCAGGAGUAUCUGGCUGCGUUGUAUGUACUUCACUCAUAUGUAGUCAAGAAUGUAAAUACAUUAACAGGAUUAUCAAGUAAAAAGUUUCUAUUCUUCAAUCAGUCAAUCUAUGACUUGCACAAGGGAGCUGUUGACAAGGCCCUGGAGAGUAAGAAUGGGCACCUGGACCUUUUCCUGCGAUUCCUUCUCGGCCUCUCAUUGGAUUCCAAUCAGAAGCUUCUCAAAGGCCUUCUGACAAAGACAGGAAGUAACUCAGAGAGCAUCAAGAAAACAGUCCAGUACAUCAAGGAGUUGAAGAGGGAUGAUUCCUCCCCAGAGAGGUGCAUCAAUCUGUUCCACUGUCUGGCUGAACUGAAUGAUGAUUCAUUUGUGAAGGAGGUCCAAACGUACCUGAGCUCAGAAAGUCAUGAAAGGAUCUCACCUGCACACUGCUCUGCCCUGGCCUAUAUGCUCCUGAUGUCAGAGGAGGUGCUGGAUGAGUUUGACCUGAGGAAAUACAACACCUCAGACGAGGGGCGCAGGAGACUGGUUCCAGCUGUGAGGUGCUGCAGAAAGGCUCUACUGGGUUGCUGUAAUCUCACAGAGGGCUGCUGUGAUGAUCUGGCCUCAGUGCUGCGCUCACACCACUCAGAGCUGAGAGAGCUGGAGCUGAGAGACAAUGACCUGCAGGAUUCAGGAGUGAGAGCGCUCUCUGCUGGACUGGAGGAUCCACACUGUAAACUCCAGAGACUGGGGCUGUCAGGCUGUCGAGUCACAGAGAGAGGCUGUGCUUCUCUGGCUUCAGCUCUGCGUUCAAACCCCUCACACCUGAGAGAGCUGGAUCUGAGCUACAACCACCCAGGAGACUCAGGAGUGAGAGCGCUCUCUGCUGGAGUGGAGGACCCCAGCUUUAAACUGGAGACACUGCUUGUGGACCAUGGGGGAGAGAUUAGGCUUAAUGCAGGACUGAGGAAAUAUGCCUGCCAGCUCACACUGGACCCCAACACAGCAAACAGAGAGCUGUCUCUAUCUGAGGGGGACAGGAAGGAGACACACACACACACAGAGCUGUCUCUAUCUGAGGGGGACAGGAAGGAGACACACACACACAGAGAGCUGUCUCUAUCUGAGGGGGACAGUAAGGUGACACACACACUCAGAGAGCUGUCUCUAUCUGAGGGGGACAGGAAGGUGACACACACACCGGGGAGAGAGCAGCCAUAUCCUGAUCACCCAGAGAGAUUUAGCUCCGUGCGGCAGGUGCUGUGCAGAGAGGGUCUGUCUGGGACUCGCUGUUACUGGGAGGCUGAGUACAGUGAAAGGGCUGAUAUUGCAGUGGCGUAUAAAGGAAUCAGCAGGAAAGGAGGAUCGGAUUCUGACAGCAGGUUUGGAUGGAAUGAUCAGUCCUGGAGUCUGUACUGCUGUGGUGACGGGUUCUCUGCUCGGCACAAUAGGAAAAGCACUUCCAUACCCGCCCGCUCCUCCCGCAGAGUAGGAGUGUAUCUGGACUGGCCGGCCGGCACUCUGUCCUUCUACAGCGUCUCCUCUGACACUCUGACCCACCUGCACACUUUCCACACCACAUUCACUCAACCCCUCUAUCCUGGGUUUCGGGUUUGGGAUGACACAGUGUCCCUGUGCAUGCUGGGAUAGAUCCCUGUAUCCUGGAGGAGUGGAUGGGAUGUUAUUCGCUGUUGUCAUGACUGCAUAAAUCUCCACAUUAAUACUGACAGUGUACAAACACUGAAUAGGAUUUACUUACUAUGAUUUAUUCCAAUAUUGUAAAGGAGUGAUUUAUUUUAUUAAUAUUUUAAUAACAUGUUUUAUAAAAUCUUU